AUGCUCUGCGGUGUGAAUUAUGGGCAAAGUAUUGCUUUCCAUACAAAGCCUGCACAAGUUUUAAGCCACUCAGUUGCAGCAGGAAUAUUUUCCAAAAUAGCUAAAGGAGACAUGCCGACUGGAGCAGUGGCAACGGUGCUAAUAGAUGGACAUUUUAGGAAUCUAGCAUGGAAUGGCGGGCCUAUGCAUGUCCAAUGUGAACAUGGUCUAGAUGUGUGGAUGAAAACUGGACAAUAUACUAAGGAGAACGUUAUUGCUACAAAGGCAUUUAUUUUUCAAGAUGAGGUCUAUGUCAUAACUCCGAGAAUGAAAACAGGAAUAUUGGCGACUCUUUGGUUAAUCGUUCAAGAGAAGAAUGGUGUGGAGCUGCAGCCAUUCCCAGAGCUUCGUACACAUAAACAAGGAGACUGUAGUGGUAUACAGAAUGCUGUCGACUUUUAUCUUGAUCACUUUAGUAAGCUUUGGAUCCUGGACAGUGGUGUUGUGGACACCCUAACAGCGCCAAAAUGCACAUGCCCACCAAAAGUGAUAGUCAUCAGUAUGGUUCUAGGAAAGCUGGUCAAGAUCAUUGAUAUAUCGUCUGCGUGGGAACCAAACUCUCUACUACAAAACAUAGUUAUUGAACACACUCUAGCAGGCAAGACAUUUAUAUACAUCUCAGACGCGUCGCGAGGAGCAAUCUUGGUACUUGAAGUUGGAUCUGGAUCGGAGUGGCCAGUGGUGGUCUGCUCGCCAGCACCUGGUCUGCAGAUAGCUUUAGUGAAACAGCCAACACACUCCGUACUCAUAGUUGUCAGACUUCAUUAUCAUGGAAUUAUUGAAUUAGAUACUGCAGCUCUACGAAGAAAGGACUCUGUAGCUCCACUUACAAUAUUUGGUGAACAUUCCAAGCCGGUGGUGCUGUUAGGUACUUAUGGACACAAUGUAUUUUUUCGUCAUACCGAAUGUUCUGACGUGUUGGUUUGGGACAUGCGACUCGCAUAUAACUCCUCCCGUCUCGACAACAUACACUCAGCAGGGCCCCGACUGACGACUACCGCUGUAGCUGCAAUUCCUUUCAAACCUGUACUCCUUGUACUUGAUUCCAACUACCUCGACACUCUUCACGGGUCGUCAUCUACUUACCACAAAAUAACUUUCAUUACCAAUUAUCGUUUCUGA